AUGACUUCAGAGGGAGUUAGGCCAAAUGUUGUUGCUUAUAAUACCUUGCUAUCUGGGUUUUUUAUGAACGGUAAUGUCAGACAUGGAAAAAAGCUAUUUGGUAAGAUGCAACUUAGUAAUUUGCCUCCCGACUUAUAUACGUAUAGUAUUCUUAUUGAUGGUUAUUGCAAAAAUGGUUGUGUUUUGGAGGCUGUUGAACUGUUCCAUACUUUAAUAAAUCAAAACAUUCAACCUGACAUCACAACUUUCAAUUGUCUCAUUAAUGGGUUGUGCAAAACAGGGAGACUCAAUAUUGCUUGGGAAAUGUUCAACAGAUUACAUAGUAAUGGCUUUGUUCCAGAUGUUAUUACAUAUAACAUUAUAAUGCAUGGAUUUUGUACGGAAGGAAAGUUAGAAAUGGCAGGUAAAUUUUUCUCAGAUAUGGAGCAAAAUGGUGUUGCGCCAGAUUUGGUCACUUUCAAUACGCUUAUGUCUGGUUUCUUGCAGAAUAAUGAGACUUUAAAAGUGGUGGAACUUCUUCACAAAAUGAAAGAGAGAAAUGUGAAACCAGAUGCAUCCACAGGUUCAAUAAUAUUAGAUUUACUGGGAAAGCAUGAAGAUUAUCAUGAAGAAAAUACUGACAAAGAUGCUCGUAAGGUUGUAGAUGGUUUAGCACCUACGGCCACUGAUCAAAAUGAUGCUAUUGAGAAAUGGAAACUUUAUUUCUUUGGAGAGAUGAAUCCCCUUUAUGAAGUCUCUAGUAAAAAGUUGGUGGUAGCUGAUGCUAAGUUGAACUUCGAUGAUGGUGCUGCCUUCCUGGUAGAAGGGAAUAUCUCUUGUGAUCCAUCACUAGAGGGUCCUUGA